UGUGCACACCAGGAUGAGGAUAGUUUGGGUGGCUCUAUCUUCAGGGUGUACUUUAGAAAAUGCUGAGCAGCAUGGAUAUGCUUGACUUGUCUCUUGUGUUUAUAGAGGAUACAAACCAUGGAGAAACUUGAGCAGGCCGUGAGAUCUACACAAGCCACCAGAGAAGCAAAGUAAAAACAUAAACAAUGCAGUUGCCACACAUCUGGAAGUAAACAAGGAACAGUACUCAAAACUCAUCAUGGUAGUAAUAUUUUUGUUGUAACUGGAUCCUAACACUUUUGCUGGAGUCAAGAUGUUUAGAAGGUAGAUAAGCCAUCUGACUAAGCAGGAGGGACUGAUACACGUGGUAGCUCUGUGCUUAAGCAUCCUCCUCCUGGAGUUGCUGGGACUGACUGUGGUUGCUUGGAAGGAACAGAGUAGGCACAUGACAUACAGGGACAUCCCCCUUAUAAUUUGGUAAAUAAAAAUUAUUAAUUUACAUCCAAUAUCAUUCAGGAAAUAUUUAAAUCUGAACUCUAACGGUGUCUCUGGAAUGCAUUUUGAGAUAAUAGUCAAGCAGUUGGCAAAAGUCAAGUGUUCUAUAAUCAGGUCUUUAGGAAUUAAAUAAAUGCUUUCCAGUGACUAUCAGAAAGACAUAAUAAAAUAUUAUUGAGCAAAUGCCAAGAACUCCAACUGUAAUCUGAGAGAGGAGGAAUAUGACCACUGUCAAGUUUAUAGGAGUCAUUUCAUUCCUGUUAAAAAGGUAAAUAAAUUUAUUGUGUUUAGUACCCUGGAAAUAAAUUGAGUGCCCAUUAAUUCAUAUAGUUAGUUUAAAAAGAUAGUCAUCACUUUCUUGAAUUUAUAUAUCUCUUUCACAGAAAAAUAUUUAGGUUUUUCUUUAUAUAACUACAUAUUCUCUGUUAUGUCAAGGAAAAAUAUUACAUAUGUUUACUGAAAUUUAAUGUUUUUUCCUGGAUGUGGCAGUGUAUCCCUUUCAUCUUAGUACUUCAGAGACAGGAAGACAACUCUAUGAAGUUGAAACCAAUCUGGACUAUAAUACAGUUGCAGGACAGUUAUUGCUACAUGCAGAGAACAAUGUUCUCAAAAAAGCGUAAAAGGGAAACAAAGAAUUAAUGUAUUCAUUUCUUUUGAAUUUAAUGAUUGGGAUCAGUUUUCAACAAAAGUAUGUUAAAAACAUGCCAUUAUUAUUUCUGAAGUUCAAAUGAGAGAGAAUAAAAAUUCAUCACGAGAAACAAGAGAAGAUAUCUGAAACUAAUAUUCACAAUAAUUUGAAAAAAACCUAAACUAUAAAUCAAAUGAAAAAUAGGUUCAUGAUUGUCAUAUUUUUAAUAAAUUAUUCAAAUGAUCAAAAUGCAUAUGAAAUGAAGCUCAAUUUUACCAAUAAUUAUGGGAAUAUAGUGAUGGUAUGCCAAUCAGAGUAGCGAAGAAAAAUCAUUAUGUACCUUACAAACAGUCAAAACUUACAAAAAUAAAAGCAGGAAUUUACGGACUGGGCAUAUGGAGAUCUGAGAAUCCUAAUUCAGACUUUAUGGAAAGUAAGAUGUCAAAGAAACUAUAUAAAUUACUAUUAUUUUUUAAACAAAAUUGAAAAUAAUUACCAAGUUCCAAUGCAGUGUAAUUGCAUCUCUAACAAAUUGAGGCAGCAAUUCUUGUUAUUAAUAAUGGCAAAAUUAGGACUAGCAUCUGGGGAUAUAAAAGGAUACAAACCCAACCAGGAAGUGACCAGGGUGGAAUAAGGAUAAAUGAGGAAUCUUCUUUUCCUUGCCAUUGUCCUGCAGAGUCUCAGCAGUUCUCAGGACGAAUUUACAUGUAUGUUCAUUCUAGAGGUUCAUCAGUAGAUAAUGAAAGUGUGCUAUGUAGACACAGUGGGAUUUCAUUCAUCUGAAAAGGAAAUUAAAAUCACAAAAUUUUCAAGAAUUUGAUGAACUUACAAAGAACUUAGCAAGUUAACACAGACACAGGGGAAAAACACAUAUUCUUUCUGAAACAAGAACAUGUAUCACAAUGUCCAUAUGUUAAGUGUUAGAGAAGGUAGAUAUGGGCUACAAAAUCAGAAAAGAGAUCAAAGGUAAGGCGUAAAAGAGAUAUUAAGAAAUCAAGGGGAGAGGGAUAGGAUAAUGUGUCAAUAAAUUAUGAAUAAAAAAGAAUAAAAUCAGGGUCUACAAGAUGAACUUUCAUAGUCACUUCCAUAGCAGAAUCAUUCCAACACCUGAAAGAUGCAAUCGUUCCAUAUGUUCAUCAACAAAAACAUGCAUGAGGACAAAAUUGUAUGUACAAACAAUGGUGUAACAUUUAUACUCAAAGAUGAAAGUUGACACAUUCUAAAACAUAGAUGACAGUAAGAGACUCUGUGUUAAAUGCUAUGACCACUUACAUAGCUGUAUGAAUCCACCUAGCUGUUGUCAUUACAGCGAGUAACUACAAACACACAGAAGCUAAAAUAAAGAAACUAGCAGGUAGUAGGUAGACUGCUCAGCAGGUAAAGGUGGUUUCCAAGAAGCCCAGUGACCAAAGUUCAAUUCAGGGUCCCAAUAGUGGAAGGAGAGGCACAGUCCCAAAACAUAUUUUCUAACAUCCUCACAUGUAUGCUGUCUUAUGUUCACAGGGACCUCCCCAAAAUUAAAUGAAUUGUGUAAUGAAAAUUUAAAAAGAUGUUAGAAUGAUUGGCAGGAAUGCACCGUGGAAGUGAUAGAUGUUAGUUUCGAGGACAGAGUUUUAUAAUUGUGAUGGAAGAGUCUGAAGAUCAGCUACAGAACAAGAGGAUCAUUCACUAGUCACAUGACUGGACUAUACAAUCGCAAUGAUUAAUGUGAUAAAUGUUUGUUGUUUGACAUAGCUCUCUACUCUUAAAUGUAAGGGGAUUGUAGUUAAUAUAUGAGAAGUUCUGGUUAUGCUGGAGAGUAUAGAAGUAUACUGCUGACAGUCACCUAAAAGCAAAAUAAAAGUUACUGAUAUUGAAUUCAGGGUCAAAAUGAUGAGUUUAUAUUUUGUCUGUAAGAAAAAUAUAAAAGUAUAUUGGUUAGGCAUAGAAUAUGGUAAGGUUUGUUGUUUUGAAUUGGUUUGGCUUCACUUAUUAACAACAAACAUAUCUUGUUGAAGAAGCAGAGUGUUGCUUCUUCAAGGAGUGCUUCUUAAAGUCUUUAGUUCUUACUAUUUCAAUGCUAUGGUCACUCACCUUAGUGCUCAAUGACACCACCAUGGUGUGUGUCACCAUGAAACAGGGUCUCUGCUAAAAGUGCACUGAGACACUAGUCCUGACUUAAAGGUUCAUGAUAUCCUGGUGUUCCUUCCCAGCAGAUUGGGAAUUAUCAACUCAACUCUCAGUCCACCACAGCUUCUCCACAAAGGUGUUAGGUAACUUUUUAAACACCUUUAUCCAGAGGUCCUAGUUAAAAGGAAAGAAAAGAAAAGAAAGAAAGAAAGAAAGAAAGGAAGGAAGGAAGAAAGAAACAAACAAAUAAACAAAGAAACAAAAAACCAAAGAAAUGGAGUGCAAAUUAUAUGAGCAGCUCCAAGGAGCAAUUAGAAAGCAGGGUGAUAACCUUUUCUGUCAGUCCUUGGAGCACAAAGUUUAUGGCAGAGAUGUGCAGGAGGAACAGGGCUUCAUUGCUAUAAGUUGUAUGGCCUUGCCCCUGGAGAGGUGUUUCCUAACACCCAGCAUCUUGCACAGUUUAAAAAUCUUAAUUUUGGGCUGGAGAGAUGGUUAAGAGCACCCGACUGCUCUUCCAGAGGUCAUGAGUUCAAUUCCCAGCAACCACAUGGUGGCUCACAACCAUCUGUAAAGAGAUCUGAUGCCCUCUUCUGGUGUAUCUGAAGACAGCUACAGUGUACUUAUAUAUAAUGAAUAAAUAAAUCUUUAAAAAAAAUCUUAAUUUUGUUUUGUUUCCGAAGACACUAAGGACAAGAGACUAAUUUAGAUGCUUAUUAAUGUAUUAAAGGGGAUGCUGGCUUCCAGACUGUCACAGCAUUGCAAGGACCUCUUACAAAAUCCUGGCACCUCUCAGUACUUCCUUGUCUCCUAAAUCCUUCUAUCCCUGAGCUUCUCUUUCCUUCCCUUUUCUCUUUUCUAUAAGCUCAGACAUUUUGAUCAUGUAUUCUUGGGCUCUUGGUGCUUCUUUUGUUUCUCCUUUUGGCACUUUGUUCUCUUGGUUCCCUUGGCCUUCUCUCUUCUCUUGCUUACACUCCCUCUCUCUUCUCAUGGCCAGGUUCAGUCUGCUAACCAUGUCUAGUGUACUACUUACUCUCUUUCCCUGCGCUGUACACUUCAAGAUGUCCAUGUGUCUUAUCUCCCUGAUACCUACAAUAAAAAACCUUCUCCUCUCAAGAGCAUACCGAGAGGUUAGGCAUGGCCUUCCCUGGUUGAGGGAUAGGGUCACCCACCUAUCUCCAAAAUUAUAGCCCAGAAUUGCUCCUGUCUAAAGGAAAUAUAGGGACAAAGGGUGGAGCAGAGAGUGAAGGAAAGGCAACCAGAGACUGCCCCCACACCCUCCCCCAAUCCACCCCACACCCAUAUCCCAGACACCAAACCCAGAAAGAUAAACUAUAUAUAUAUUUGAUACAUAUAAACCAGAGACAAACAAAUAAUGCUCUUGUUUAUAAUUUGAAGACUUUUGAGGCAAAAUACAACUUAAUUUUUCCCUACCAAUUUCCUGAUGUCUACUCUAAGUUGCAAGUACAUUUUUUUUUUACCUUAAGGAUGAAGUAAUUCAUAGCUUUUCAACAUAUGAGAGAGAGUGGAAACGUACUUAGACAGCUUUAAUUGACAUUGUCUUAAGACUUCUAGUUAUCACGAAUACAUUUCGUUACUUCCUUAAACUAUGGUGCUUACAAUAUGCAAAGAUUUCUUAAACAUUUCUAAACACGGUUCUUGCAGUACUGUACCUAUCGGUCACACUGGAAUGGAGACUCAGCACAUCAGUGAAAAUAUUCUGGCUGUCUCAGAAAUGCUUUAAAAAAAUUUGCCAGAGAAAUGGCAGCGUGUGAAACUCUUGUUUCCAUCUUUUCCUAGUAUGUUGCAUAUUGGAAUGAAAACAUCAUACUCUUCUAUAUCGUGAAGAAAAAAAGAACUAAAGGAAAAAAGAAAGAAUGAAAAGGAAAAGUUGAGGAAGAAAACAUGUUAAGGAAAAAGUUCAAGAAUGCUUUUACCUCAAGGUGGUUUAAUGUGUAAAACCAGUAGUGACCCAGCGAAGGAAGGGCAUGGACCACAGAAGAAAAAGGCCAGCAAUGAAAUCAUGCUACCAAAAGUGACAGACAAGUGUGAAGAAAUAAUUCCACAUCUGGUACUGAUAGGAGAAACUCCAGAUAAAAUGUAAAAAUGCAUGCAAGAAAAUAUCACAAGAGGAAAACAAAAUCUCAAAAAAAAAUCUCAAAAAAAAAAAAAGAGGAGAUCUGAUCCACAUACACUUCAGGGAAAGAAAAGGAAAGCCCCACCACUAUAGAGACCCCCAGACCCUAGGGCAUCAGGGAAGAAAAAAAAUAUGUACAAGAACUCAGAAAACCAGAGGCCAAGUCCUUCCCCACUCCCAACAAAUCAGUAAAGAAAGCUUCCAACACACUCAAAAACAAAAAAAGAAAAAAAAAAAAAACUACCAGCAGCCCACUCAAACUCUAAUUACUACCUUAGCCUACAGGACAUCAGAGUUAACCUAAGAACUUUUCAAGAAUAAUUAGGCGAGGUGAAGUGGCACACCCUGUCAGAUGCAGAGAUAGUGUGAGUUUGAGACUAGUCUAGUUGUUUAUAAAGGUGGUUGGGAGAGCUUGUCCCAGCAGAUAGACAAAUGUGGCCAGAAUUGGAUAUGCACACCUUCAUUUCUAGCACUCAGGAAGCCAAGGUCAGAGAGUUGGGUGUUUGAGGAGAGCACCUGGAAUGAAGGGAGAUUCUGCACUUAAGGCCAAAUGAAGUCCUGAGCUUGGUAGUAUAACAGUUUGCCAGCAUAUACAAGGUCCUGAGUUCAGUAUCCAGAACUAUCAAAGAACAAAACAAAAAGACCCCACAAGGGCUGGAGAGAUGGGUUAGUAGUUAAGAAUACUGACUGCUCUCUCAGAGGUUCUGAGUUCAUUUCCCAGCAACCACAUGGUAGCUCACACCCAUCCAUAAUGAAAUCAGAUGCCCUUUUCUGGUGUGCCUGAAAAGAACAACAGUGUACUCAUAUACAUAAAAUAAAUAAAAACAACAAUAAACAAUAGCCUCCCCUCCAACACACACACACACACACACACACACACACACACACACACACACACACAAAGUACUCUGGUACUGAUUAUAUCACAGUCUUUUUUCAACAAUAAGUCCAGGAUUUAAAUUUUUUUCAGAGGUGGGGGGGCGAAGUGUCUGUGGGUGACUUUGAAUUUAAUAUUUCUGUUUGUAAAUAUUAGGGUCUUGAGGCAACAUAUAUACACACAUAUAUAAAUUGUUCAGUGUAUUUGCUGACAAAUAUUUCUGCGUGUUUGUGGCUCUUUGAUUAAAGUAUGACAUCCACUUCACAUCCACUUCAAGGUAAAAAAAUGUAAAAAAUGAUGAAUGAAAAAUGGUUUAUUAUUAGAUAAUAAAGUCUGUUUUAAAAGUGCUAUAAUAAAAUAACUUGUGAUCAUUCCACACCGACUUCAUUACGGAUGGGUGCGAGCUACCAUGUGGUUGUUGGGACAUGAACUCAGAACCUCUGCGAGAGUAGUCAGUAUUCUUAAUGUCAGUUAGAGGGAGCUUGACUUUUUCAAACUGUUGUCUCAGCACUUUACAACAGAUUGUGCAUAUUUGAAGAGACAGCAAGGGAUCAUACCACACUUAGAGGUAGCUAUCUUUUAUCAGAGCAGGGUAAAAAGAGGCUGCAACUAGACUUCAGAUUCAUGAUGAGAACAAAAGGGCAAAUUAUGAGAAAGCAUGUUUCUAGAAAUGUAUAUACAUUUACUUCUUACAGUAUUAGAUAUUUAGAGUAGGGUCCUAAAAAUUGCCAAUGAUAUACAAGAGCUCUUUGAAACGUAAUGUGCAAAUAUAUAAACUUAAGCACACAAGCAUAAUACACUUAAGCACACACACAUAAGGUAAAAUUUUGGAAGGGCAGAUCCAAUGUCAGAGACAUUUGUCAUAUCAGCGUCCUAGAAGGUGUAGAGGAUGAAGACAAGAGGAUUUGUAUGUGCUUCAGAGUCACUUUGCCUGGAGAAAAAAAUGCGGAACAAGAAAGGCUCUGUCUCAAAUAAAGUGAAAGGUAAGGUGCAAGAGCCCAACACACUGGUACCCACUCACACACAGGAUACACAAACCCGCAAGAAACCUAACUCACAGGAGAAACGCAGAGCCAUCACCACUUAUUUAUUACUAGGAAAUCAGAUAACAGCCAGUAUUUAUCUUGGAAAACUGCCUAGGGCCAUGCAGGAGGAACGACAAAUGGCUUUAGAACUCAUGGCAAGCUGCCUACUGGGUACCAUUGCCACAUGGGUGAUCCUCAACAUGGCAUGACCCCAGAGAAUUCUUGCUGUUAUAGAAUUUUGCUCUGCUUGCUACCGUCACAACCCUUUUUUAUCUAGGAGUUAUAUGAAUACUUUAAGGAGGCUUCCAGUCCCUCACUGGACAGGAUCUCUGGCACUCACAAUAAUAAUGCUUGGUUUCUUUCAGGCAUUGCUGCUGGAGCAAGUUAACGAUUCUCUCACCAACCUAGGGAAGAACUUAGAAAUAUGGAUUGUCAGUGAUGACCCUUAGAAAAAAUUUGGAAAAAUAAAGUUGUUUAGUGAAGCUAGGUUGAGAUGUUUUUACUACUGGGUCUGACGUAAAAAAAAUGUUAAGGAACAAUCUGAAGUUUAUUCAGAAAGGCAUAAUCUUAUUAGUUAAUCUAGAGUCCUUUUAUAAUCAGGGAACAAGAACAAUGGCACUGGCUGGCAUGACUCUCACUGAGGCAGAUUUCUUAUACCCACUUCUGCUUUCAGGUUUCUCAUAUGAUUUAUUAAAAAUUUCUAAUAAGUAGAUAUAUAUUCUGAGGAUUUAAGGUAGAUGUAACUGAUUUCUAUAUAAAAGCUUUUAAUAUUCUUACAAGAUUACUUUUAAAUGUAAAUAAUAAAAUAUCUACUUUCUUUAUAACCACAAAUUGCUUCCUGCCAGUAAGAGAAAAUGGCUGAGAAAACUACCUUGCUUUCUUAUACUUUGUGAAUCUAUAGCAAGCUGCUUAGCUACAAAUGUAUGUGGGUUUGGGGGAGUAGUUUGUUUUCUUUACCUGGGCCAUGUGAUGUUAUUUCUUGUAAAUGUAUUGGGGAACAUAUUUUUUCACAAUUAUUUACUAGAAGAAAAGUCAAGUGUACUCACAUUGUAAUUCUAUACCACCUGAAAGGUUUUGCUGGGAUAUGUAAGCUAUGGAAGGAAAAACAAAGUGUAGGGGUUUGGAAUAUUGUUCCUUCCAUCUGUCAACAAUGUGUGUGCAUACAUUCAUGUAAAGCUUGUCUGGGUGUGUGUUGGAGCUUGCUCUAUCGACCAGUAGUGUGUGUGUAUGAUUGCAUGUGUAUGUGUGAAAUGCUUGAAGCCUGCUUUCUGGAGCUUUUUUCUAACCAUUCAAUGUAUGAAUGUGUAUCUAUCUAUCUGUAUGUAUGUAUGUAUGUGUGUAUGUAUGUAUGUAUGUAUAUGUAUAUGUAUGCAUGUAUGUAUAUGUAUUUAUUUAUAUAUGCAUAUAUGCAUAUAUGUGGUUGUGUGUAUGAGGUCCUUGGACUCUGCUUUUGUUUCAUCUACUCAGUGUCUGUGUGUGUGUGUGUGUGAGUGUGUGCGUGAGUGUGUGUGUGUGUUAUUUUCUCUCUCUCUCCUUCUCUUUCUCACUGGCCCCAAGUUGUUUAAAGAGUUCAGAGUUUUUCUGCAGCUCCAGCAAAUUAAGCUUUGUUCCUACAGAGAAAAGUCUGCUGAGUAAAUUCUCUAAUUACUGCCUGCCAUUGGCAACGGCUCCUGUAACUAUCUGGAUCCAUCCCUGUCAGUGGCAGUAAGCACUAACCCCUAAUGGCUGCCUGCCUCAGUUUAACCACCACAUAGAUGCCAAAGCUGGUAACUGGAAGAAAACUUUAGUAGAAAAACUGACAAAAACUUCAUUUUUGCCUUCACAUGCCAAAGGCAUGGGACAACACAUGGAAGGGACAAUCUGAAUGUUAAGUGAAACAUCCUCACUGGCUAACUCAUAUUGAGAAACUGCAUGCUUCUUUAUGUGAAGAUGAGACACUGAGACUGAAUGAAGCCCUGCUUGUCUCUGGUGAGGAAGGUCCACAGUUCAUUCUGAUUUGUGGUGACACUUCCUCACGUGACAGUGGUACGUGGAUGACUGGCGAAAGCUACUAUUACACAGGGAGCAGGUGUCAGGUUUCUCUCCUGUGUGAAAUCCUCUCAUAACCCUGCAGGUUGGUCUUUUAUCUGAAAGGCAUUCCACAUGUACUUCAUAUAAAUGACUUUUCUGUCUUGUGUACCAAAAACCAUGAGAAUAUAAAUUAUCAAUUCCCCGGGAAUCGUAAUGAGCCAGUGACAAUGAGCCUUUGGUCAAUGAUGACUGACUUGGGGAGGACAAGUCUGGACUUGAGUCAGCUCCUAGGACAUGGAACUGGAGGAGAUAACAAAGCCAGAACAGAGCUGGUCACUGAAAUGCUUCACGGUCUCACCAAAUAUAGUGACACUAACAUAGUAGCCAAUCAAAAUUGUACUAAUGUCACUGAUUUGUCCCUACCAAUCAUAUGUUACCCAAUUCUUCUGGAAAUUUUCUGUAGUACUGCAUAAAACGGGGCAAACGAGCCCCUCAUUUUGAUGAAUGAUUGACCUACUGCAUGCUAGCAAUUUCUGCAGGAUAAAUGCUCUUUGUAACUGCAUACUACUUGAUUCUAGGGUCUUCCUUAAAGAUUAUUAGACCCAAACAUUAUGACUUCAUAAACUUAGUGUUCUGAGACUUAGUAAAACCCUUUCUGGCACUUCUUAUAGAAAAAUGGCCUCUCUUUCCUAUAUGUUUUCUGGUGGAUGAAGAGGUGCAGGGAUAUUUAAAGGUUCUGGAACUUUCCUCACAUUUGUGUAGUUUGGGGUCUCUCUAGCCUCUUUCCUGGCAACCCUCACAGGUGGAAUUUGCCUCAUGAUGCUGGAAAACAGGGACAGGCUUACGGUAGGUUGCUUUGGCCUAGAGAGGAACCCAGGUACCUCUAUAGCUAUAUUUUCAAAACAAGCUGCCCACAUGGACUCUUCCAGGGACUGGAGGUACCACACAAUGUUCUUCCUAAGUUCUGAGGCAUUCCAUAAGAAACAUCUUCCAUAUCAGGCUCAGAAUAUUCAUCUUUCUGGAUAAUGAAAAGGGAAACUCCUUUAUUUCUGAGGCAAAUAAUACCACCAUUUACAUCAGCAGUGUUGUAGCCAUCCCCGGUGUCUUCAGACUGCUCUGUCCUGGAGGGAAACACUGGUUGUGCCUUCAUAUGUAUAUCCUCAGAAGAAGAUGCCCUCAGGAACAUUUCCUGGGACCUGGAAGUACCUUGUUUUCUUCUUUUGACAACCUAUGGGAUUCCAUAAAAACAUUCCCCUCUUCAAGCUCUGGAUACUGUAUUCUCUGGAAAUUGAGGAGGGGGAUCCCUCACAGUUCGAAUACUAUUAACACUACCAUUUCCAACACUAACAGUCCAGAGAGUUUGGGAGGCAUUUUCUGUAUUUUCAUGUCCUGUGAAAAUAAGACAGCCAGUGAAACUGUCCAAGAAGGGAUCCAUACAAGGAUCAUCUUCUGUUUAGCUUCCUGACUCACCUGAACAUAUCUUUGGGGAUCUCCAAAAGUACCCUUGCAUUAUCUUGUUUUGAAGUUGUGGGUACUUUCUGUUGCUUCAUAUGCAUGCUUAUUUCUUUUAAGGGCAUGUUCUCUGAAAAGAGGGUUUCCUGCCGUUCAUGGAAAUGUGGACUUGUAAACAAAGCCAGGUGACCACUGUCAAUUAAUCACUGAAUGACAGAAAACCUACCCUCAAACUACUUACAAAGGAUCCCUAGAUUCUGGGUUAGCUCAUGGGCCAAUCCCUCAUUUCUAGUGAACUUAUCCUGACACUCCUAAGUUCCGUUCUCUAAAGUCACUAUUCAUACUGUGUUUGCAAGUGUUGAGUCACUGUCCCUAAGAAAAACACAAGGUUAUGCUUCUGUAAUGUCUAGCCAACAUGUUUUUGUCAAUUUGUUAACAUUGAAUGAAGAUAAGAUGAAAGGAGGCCAAUCUGUCAAACGGGGACUGGCCCUUUUAAGAAAGGUUACUCAUUUCAGAAGUGUCAAGGAUGCCACACAACUUGGUCCACAGAAUUAACAAACUGGGCUCAUAGGCUGUAGCAGCAAUUACAGAGCCUGUAUGGGUUGGUACUAGGUCCUCUCCAUUUAACAGUUGUGUAGGUUGGUGUUCUUAUCAGAUUCCUAACAGUGAGAGCAGUAGUGCGUCUUGACCUUUUGCCUGCCUUUGAACUUUUACUCAUACUGGGAUGCAUUUAUGCUCAGUUGCCUCAUCCGUUCAACCUCAAUAUGGAGGGAUGUGAUUGGACUUACUAUAAAUUAUUAUGCCAUGUUCGGUUGAUAAUCAUGGGUGGCCACUUCUUAUGCAGGGAAAUGGAGGGCUGGAUCUGAGAAAUAGAUGAGCUGGGAGGAGAAGGACUAACAGGGGAGAUGGGAGGGAAAACUGAGGUCAAAAUGAAAUAUGUGCCAGAAUGAAUAAAAUAAAUAAAGAAAAGAAAGGCUACACAUUAUUCCAGGAAUUAAGUAAGAUAUUGUAACUAUUACCAAAUGUGUGGCUAGGGAAAAAGAAACCAAGGCUGGGUAGAACCGAGCAAGAAGACUGGAGAUGGGGAGAACCCAAAGGAGCCCAUAAAAUGUCUGACACAGAAUCCCCUGAGGUCUCCCAUCUCUGGACUCUCUUUUACACCCUACAAUAGAUGAUACCCUAAACUGGAUCUGUUUGUUCAAAAUAGCUUGUCUUUUUCUGUUUUUUUUUUAACUUAGUUCUAUGACUGGUAUUUCCAGAAAAAAUUUUGUGCGAUGGUUUUUAUACUCAUUUAUUCAGUGGGAUUAAAUAUGGGUAAUUGUUACAUUUUGUCUGGACUCCUCAUGAUCUCUACAUUAAUUAUGCAAGAGAUGCUGUCUUGGUGUCUUGGCCUCAGACAGACAACUAUUACUUUCUGUCUAGAUACCUCAUGAUGUUCCAUGUUUGUUCUAAAGUAUCUGAGGCUUUCUCAUCUCCCAUCUCUAACCAUUAGUCUGUCAGUGGCCCCUCCCUAUCUGUCACUUCACUUUUCUGUCUGAGUGAGCUGUAUUUCUGAUACCUAUAUUUUUGUGUCCUUUCCAUUAAAUACUAGCCCUAGACAACUACCUUUAUUCAAAGAUGUUUUGACAAGAAAGUUUUAAUUUGAGGGGCCAUAGCUUAUUUAUUAUUGAGUCCUCAACAACACUCAUGCCUGUGUGAAACAUGCCCAACACUUAACCAUUGUUGGCACAAGAUGCACACUGCUUCUGAAUUUAGAAACAUGCCUGGAUAUUGUGGCAGCAGUUUUCUUGGAAUUCAAUUUCAAUCAUGAAAUUCUGAAUUUAAGAUAAAGCCCAGGUGUGAACCUGGAAUAAGACAAACUGAAAGAAGUACUUGCUUACAGAGUAAAAGAACUCCAGCAAACAGCAUGGGGUGGUAGUGGGGAUGGUGCAUUGUGUAUCUACAACUAUAAUCCUUCACUUGAGAGGAAGAGGGAUUAUUUUUUUAUUAGAUCUAUUUCUCUACUUACAUUUCAAAUGUUAUUCCAUUUCCCUGUUUCUUGUCCUUAAGCCCUCCAUCCUCUCCCCGUCCCCCAUAUGAGUAUUCCCCCAUCCAUCUCCCUUACUGCCCCCCAUAUUACCCUGUACUGGGGGUCCAACCUUGGUAGGACCAAGGGCUUCCCCUUCCAUUGGUGCACCAACAAGGCUAUUCUCUGCUACAUAUGCAGUUGGAGCCCUGCAUCAGUCCAUGUAUAGUCUUUCUGUAGUGGUUCAGUCCCUGGAAGCUCUGGUUGGUUGGCAUUCUUGUAGGAAGAGGGAUUAUUAAUAUACACCUAAGUUCUCAGUUAGUCAGGGCUACACUAUGAAACCAUACCUCAAAUAGGAAAACAAAAACAAAAACAAAAAUCAAGAAGCCACAAACAAACUGAAAUCAAAAUUAAAAUAUAUAAGACAAGAAGAAAUUAUUUACCUAACAAUGACCUCUUACAAUGUGAAUGUGGGGUGUUUGAACAAUGUCUCCACUUAGGAAAUUUCUGUCACUGACUAAGAAAUAUGCAAAUCAAGAUCCUGAAAGAAGAUCCAAUGUACUUACAUUUACAUCAAGUCUUUCAAAAUUUGAAAAUUUCCACUGAAGCACCAAUAUUCAACAAGGCAUUUCUUAUGAGUGUGUCACUGGUGCUUAUGCAUGUGACAGAUGUGUUUCAACAUCAGAAACAUUACUCUACCAUUGUGUAACCUAAGGUUUUGUGGACAGGGUGUCUUACUGACAUGUAUUAGCCAAUUUGAAAAGCCAGGUAGUUACUUCAAUCCCCAGAUUCUGCCUUUCAGGUACAGGGAUCAGAGACUAGUGUUGGAAGCCAGACCUUUAGAUGUGAGCUGAGGGCUCAACAAAUUUUUCAUGAUUGCAAUAUGAGUAUAUCCCUGACUGAGCCAUCCUCCAGACAGAAGGCAUUUCCUCUAAAACAUUCAGUUCUUACCCAUAUGUCAACUUCUCAGUCUCUCUGAAACCAUAUAAAUAUACUAUAUUUAGUUAGAAACAUCAAACAUUUGAUGGGAUCCUUUCUGAUUUAUUCAUGCUAAUUUAGAGUAGUAAAAAUUUUCCAUAUAACCAUUUUGGAGGAAGGGAAAACUCUCCUUAGUAACAAAAACUACAAUAACUUCUUAGAAUUUCUUCCCAAUUACACAUGACUGCUUUUUAUAAUAAUCUCUUACCUCAGGUAACAUGACAGGAGGCUUCAAGCACUCAUGAGUCAGACCCUGCAUGAAUCUCCUCAUGUUUCUGCCACAGGAUUUCCACUUCUCUGUCAAGGCAAACUUGUCCUUGCAAUGCCCAGUGAUGAGAAACUGCUCCAAGACCAGUUGAGAAAUCAUCUGCUUUGCUCUGCUUUUCUGACUGCUGCCAGGAGGUAAACAUCUCCCAGAGUGUUUGCAGCUUCUGCUUUGCCAGGGAGCAAUUGUUAUUCGGGGAAACAUUAAACUGAACACUUGGUAGGUGAGAGAUGUUUUCUCCCCAGUGCAUAGCAGAAACCUGGGUUGGAAUAAAGUCUGCAUUGUCUAAUUCAAAGUGAUUUGAUGAUGCCUUGGGCAUAAAGGUUUCUGUGCACUGUGGAGCCAUUGUGUUAAGAAUCCUCAGAAAAAUUCAACUAUGCCAAUUUGCUAUUUGUCUUCUGAGUUGAGGCCUGUUUCAACAAUUGGUGAAUGUAUGACAGCUAUUCGUUAAAAAGAAAGGAGACACAUAAUUAACAGCAUGUAUCUCCUGUGACUUCUAAUCCUGUGCUCUCACAUAUGACUCAUUCCAAAAUUGUUAAAUUUUCAUCGUUUUUAGAGCGUUUUAGAUUCCAGAUGCUUCAGUAAACAAGGUCAGACCCUUGGAGGUGGAAUGAGAGGAAGAGGCAGAGACCCUCCUGAAUGUGUCUGAAUCACAACAGAAACAAACAAACAAACAAAUGAACGAACACAGAAGCUGAACGGGGCUCAUCUCUAAAGCAGUCCAUCAGGACCCCUUGUAUGGAGCAAAAGGAGGCCAGGACGAAUGCCAUACCCAGAUCAAUCAGGAAAAGCAACAGGCAGCUACAAUCUUAUACGUCACUGUAGCCCCCGCUCACCAAGACCCCGAAGUUUCUGGAAAACGCCUAAGAAGGCUUUUGCACACGCACCAGCAACUCUCCUCAGUAAGACUCCGAAAUUUCUGAAAGACGCCUCAUAUGCAUCGGCAGCAGCGCCUCUCGCUAAGAUCCCGACGUUUAUGGAAAACAGCCCGCACGGCUUCUUCAGCUUCGGCCCAGCUUUUACACAUUCACCAAUUGCUGAAAUAGGGCCUCAACUCAGAAGACAAAUACCAAAUUGCCAUAGUUGAAAUUUUCUGAGGAUUCUCAUCACAAUGGCUUCACAGUUCAGAGAAACCUUUAUGCCCAAGUCAUUGUCAAAUGACCUUGAAUUAGACAAUGCAGAGUUUAUUCCAACUCACGCUUCUGCUGUGCAGUGGGGAGAAAACAUCUCUCACUCACCAAGUGUUCAGUUCAACAUUUCCCCAAAUAACAAUGGCUCCUUGGCAAAGCAGGAGCUGCAAACACUCUGGGAGAUGUUUACUUCCUGGCUACAGCCAGAAAAGCAGAGCAAGGAGCAGAUGAUUUCUCAACUGGUGUUGGAGCAGUUUCUCCUCACUGGACACUGCAAAGACAAGUUUGCCUUGACAGAGAAGUGGAAAUCCUGUGGCAGAAACAUGGGGAGAUUCAUGCAGGGUCUGACUGAUGAGUGCUUGAAGCCUCCUGCUAUGGUCCAUGUUUGUAUGCAUGGGCAGGAAGCCCUCUUUUCUGAGAACAUGCCCUUAAAAGAAGUCAUCACACAUUUGGAGCAACAGAAAGCAGCAGCAACUCCAACAGAAGAGAAUGUAAGGUCACUCUUGGCUAUCCCCAAAGAUAUGGCAACAGGAUAUGAAAAUACAGAAAACUGCCAAACUCCCUGGAAUGCUAGUGUUCGAAAUGGCAGUGUUAAUAGUAUAGGAACCAUGAGGGAUUCCCUCCUCACUCUCCAGAGAGUGCAGUAUCAAGAGCCUGAAGAGGGGGAUGUUUUAUAUGAAAUCCCACAGGUUGUCAGAAGAGCAAGUCAAGGUACUUCAAGGUUUCAGGAAAGGUCCCUGAGAGCACCUUCUUCUGAAGAUGUCCUUAUGGAGGCAAAACCAGUGUUUCUCUCACUGACAGAACAGUCUGAGGACAUUGGGGAUGGCCACAACACUACUGAUGUAAAUGGUGGUAUUAGUCUCACAAAUGAGGAGGAUUCCAUUUUUAUUAUCCAGAGAGAGCAGUAUUCUGAGCCUGAUAUGGAAGGUGUUUCUUAUGGAGUGCCACAGGAUUUAAGAAUUGCAGUGUGCGGUACCUCCAGGUCCCUGCAAGAGUCCCUAUGGGCAGCUUCUUCUGAAGUAGUCCCUAUGAAGGUACCAGGGUUCCUUUCCAGGGCAGAGCAGCCUAAUCCUAAGCCUGUCCCUCUUUUCCAGAAUUAUGAGGUAAAUUCCACCUUUGAGGGUUACCAGGAGAGACUCCAGAGAGACCCCAAACCAUAUAAAUGUGAGGAAUGUUCCAGAACCUUCAAAUAUCCCUGCAACCUCUCCAUCCACCAGAAAACACACAGAAAGGAGAGACCGUUUUUCUGUAAGGAAUGCCAGGUAGGUUUUUAUGAAGACUCAGAACUUCAAGUUCAUGAGGUCAUACACAAGGCAGAGAAGCCUUUCACAUGCAGUUCAUGUGGAAAGGCUUUCAGAUACAAGACCAACCUGCAGGCUCAUGAGAGAAUUCACACAGGAGAGAAGCCUUACUCCUGCUCUCUGUGUAAUAGUAGCUUCCGCCAGUCAUCCACGUACCACCGUCACCUGAGGAAGUUCCACAAAUCAGAAUGAACGGUGGACUUUACUCACCAGAGACAAGUAGGGCUUCACUCAUCCUCAGUGUCUCAUCUGCACAUGAAGUAGCAUGUAGCUUCUCAGUAAUGGUUAACCAGUGAGGAUGAUUCAUUUAAUAUUUAGAUUGUUCCUUCCAUGUGUUGUCCCAUGCCAUUGGCAUGUGAAGUUAAAAAUGAAGUUUUUGUCUGUUUACUAAAGUUUUCCAAGUACCUAAAUACUGGCUGUUAUCGGAUUUCCCAGUAGUAAAUAAAGAUCUGUUUCUCUUG